AUGAGGUUCCAGAUCGACCUGGCACUGCACUUUAACCCACGUUUCAAUGAUGACACUGAUGGCACUGUGCUCGUGUGCAACUCAAAGAUUGCCGGCUGCUGGGGGGAUGAGAAGAGAGAGAUCCACAAUCCACUCCAACGGGGUUCUAUAUUCAAGAUUGUACUGAAGCUGAUGGGUGACAUGUUUGAAGUGGAGAUGCCUGAUAGACAGGAGAUCCAGUUCCCCAAUCGUGAGGGCCUAGACGUCAUUACCUACAUUCGUAUCAAAGGAGACCUCAAACGUAUUUCUUUCAAAAUCUACUAGACCCCAAUAUGAGGGGUGAUUUAGUUUGCUUCUGUCCUAACCCAUUGAUCUAUGACAUUUAUCAAAUUAUUGU